UCAAAUGAGCCGAUCUUGUAGAAACACUGGAAUCAUUUAUGCAUUGCAGUUUCUCUUUCUUGCUUUUGCUCCCUCGUCCCUGGGAUAUUUUGAGUGGAUUGUGGCUAUUAAUCAAGACCUCGUGCUAUUCGUGUUUUGCUUGUCGUUUUCAUUCAGGAUUAGCAUCAUUCAAGACAAACACAAAGCUGCUUUCCCCCCCUACUCUUUUGAAAGAUCAUUUUUGGGGGUUGCUGAAGAGAGUUAGGACCCAGGAGACAUCUUCCCAAACAGCAGGGGUUGUGUGCUUUCACAUAGCAGUACUGUACAAGGAAAACCCCUUCGGAUCUGUUAUUGCGGGAUACUUGUGAAAUAUACAUAGGAUUGUUUCUUAUGGCUGCAUCCCGGAUCUGGAAAUUUUACUUGGGGAACAAGAGGAUCUGAAAGGCUACAUGCACAUAGAAGAUUCGCAAGGAAGACUCCGAUUCUUAUCAUAGAGCUCACAGACUUCCUCACUUACCACCCUUUUUCUUUCCUUUAAUUAAAAAAAAAAAAUCUUCCCUUUUUUUCCUCCUCUCUCCUCUUUGGGUCUCUCCUUUUCUAUCUGCCUUCCCCCCCCCCCAGUCUUCUUUCUCCCCCUGCUCUGCACCUGGAUUGUAUCUUCACCAAACAAUCGGGCACUUUGAGAACUAACUGGAGGCAGUCUUGUAGAGAAGAGCUGUAUGGAAUUAUCUGCUUUUACGGUGAAGUUGGCAUUUGUGAAUGGGUAUCUUGUUCAUGAUAUUAAUUGCUAGCAGAAACAAGAAAAAGAAUACAGGAGUAAAACGUGGAUUUUUCUGAAUACGCAUUGUGAUGACCAGCAAUUACCGUACCGACUGAUAUCCAGAGGAGAAUAAUUUGGAAGAUUAUUGUGGGUAAUAGCCUAUAAAGCUGGAAGAUGAAAGCUCCGAUUCCACACUUGAUUCUCUUAUAUGCAACUUUCACUCAGAGUUUGAAGGUUGUGACCAAAAGAGGCUCUGCUGAUGGAUGCACUGAUUGGUCUGUUGAUAUCAAGAAAUAUCAAGUUUUGGUGGGUGAGCCUGUUCGAAUCAAAUGUGCACUAUUUUAUGGUUAUAUCAGAGCAAAUUACUCCUUAGCACAAAGUGCUGGACUCAGUUUGAUGUGGUACAAAAGCUCUGGUCCUGGUGACUUUGAGGAACCUAUAGCCUUUGAUGGAAAUAGAAUGAGCAAAGAAGAAGACUCCAUUUGGUUCCGACCAACAUUGUUACAGGACAGUGGCCUUUAUGCCUGUGUUAUCAGAAACUCUACAUACUGUAUGAAAGUGUCCAUCUCUCUGACCGUGGGGGAAAACGACACUGGACUCUGCUACAACUCCAAGAUGAAGUAUUUUGACAAAGCAGAACUUAGCAAAAGCAAGGAAAUCUCAUGCCGUGACAUAGAAGAUUUUUUGCUUCCAGCCAGAGAACCGGAAAUCCUUUGGUAUAAGGAAUGUAGAACAAAAAUAUGGAGGCCAAGCAUUGUAUUCAAAAGAGAUACUCUGCUUAUAAGAGAAGUCAGAGAGGAUGAUAUUGGAAAUUACACCUGUGAAUUAAAAUAUGGAGGCUUUGUUGUGAGAAGAACUACAGAAUUGACAGUUACAGCUCCUUUGACUGAUAAACCACCCAAGCUUUUGUAUCCUGUGGAAAGUAAAAUGACAAUUCAAGAGACUCAGUUGGGCGACUCAGCUAAUCUAACCUGCAGAGCUUUCUUUGGGUACAGUGGUGAUGUCAGUCCCUUAAUUUACUGGAUGAAAGGAGAGAAGUUUAUUGAAGAUCUGGAUGAAAAUCGAGUUUGGGAGAGUGACAUUAGAAUUCUUAAGGAGCAUCUGGGGGAACAGGAAGUUUCCAUCUCAUUAAUUGUAGACUCUGUAGAAGAAGGAGACUUGGGAAAUUACUCCUGUUAUGUUGAAAAUGGAAAUGGACGCCGGCAUGCCAGUGUUCUCCUUCACAAGCGUGAGCUGAUGUACACAGUUGAACUUGCUGGAGGGCUUGGUGCUAUCCUUUUGUUGCUCGUUUGUCUGGUAACCAUCUACAAGUGUUACAAAAUAGAAAUCAUGCUCUUCUACAGGAAUCACUUUGGGGCUGAGGAGCUUGAUGGAGACAACAAAGAUUAUGAUGCAUACUUAUCCUACACCAAAGUGGAUCCUGAUCAGUGGAAUCAAGAGACUGGGGAAGAAGAGCGCUUUGCUCUUGAAAUUCUACCUGAUAUGCUUGAAAAGCACUAUGGAUACAAGUUGUUUAUACCAGAUAGAGAUUUGAUCCCAACUGGAACAUACAUUGAAGAUGUGGCAAGGUGUGUAGAUCAAAGCAAGCGACUGAUUAUUGUCAUGACCCCAAAUUACGUAGUCAGAAGAGGCUGGAGCAUCUUUGAGCUUGAGACCAGACUCCGAAACAUGCUUGUGACUGGAGAAAUUAAAGUGAUACUAAUCGAGUGCAGUGAACUACGAGGAAUUAUGAACUACCAGGAGGUGGAGGCCCUCAAGCACACCAUCAAGCUCCUUACGGUUAUCAAAUGGCAUGGACCAAAAUGCAACAAGUUGAACUCUAAGUUCUGGAAACGUUUACAAUAUGAAAUGCCUUUUAAGAGGAUAGAACCCAUCACACAUGAGCAGGCUUUAGAUGUUAGUGAGCAGGGGCCUUUCGGGGAGCUGCAGACUGUCUCGGCCAUUUCCAUGGCUGCAGCCACAUCCACAGCUCUAGCCACUGCCCAUCCAGAUCUCCGUUCCACGUUUCACAACACCUACCAUUCACAAAUGCGUCAGAAACACUACUACCGAAGCUAUGAGUAUGAUGUACCUCCUACUGGCACACUGCCUCUUACCUCCAUAGGAAAUCAGCAUACCUAUUGUAACAUCCCUAUGACACUCAUCAAUGGGCAGAGGCCACAGACAAAAGGAAGCAGAGAGCAGAAUCCAGAUGAGGCCCACACAAACAGUGCCAUUCUGCCGCUAUUACCAAGGGAGACCAGUAUAUCUAGUGUGAUUUGGUGACAGAAAAGCAAGGGACACCCUGUCCCUGGGAGCUUAAGCGGAGUCUGCAGUGCCUGGAACUAAAUCCUCGACUGCUGCUGUUAAAAACAUGCAUUACAAUCUCUAGAAUACGAGGAAAAACAGGGUCUUGUACAUAUGUUUUUUGCAGUUUCUUUGUAGCAUCAAUGUCUUCCUGUUUUACCGUCUCUUACCAUUACAUUUUUUGACUUUGUUUUAUAUGUCAUUGGAAUUUGUAAAUUUACAUUUUUUAAAGAAGAGAUAGACUUAUGUAUAUAUAGAAAAACUUUUUUUGCUUCAUAAGUUUAGCUUUAGAAUGGGUUUUUAUUUCCUUUUCUUGAUUAUUAUUAUUAUUUUUUUUUGCUUUUAACAUUUCCUUGGGGUGCUUGGACAAAUCUAUCCGAUGAGACAAGGAGCACCGGAUCCUCUCUUAGGUUCUGCCUAGGAUCAACAGGGCCAUGUGGGCCUUCAGAGAGCAGUACAACGAAUGCCAGCAUUGCCACUGGGAAAAAAAUAUAUAUAUAUGUGAAGAACACUUGUUCAUAGGAGGGCCCCGCCAAUCAGAGCCCUGAAUCUCUUCCUUGUCCCACCUCAUUCCCCACCUCCACCCUUCUAAUGGAGGCAUGAUGUGUAAACUCUGAGGGGUGGGGUGGGUUUAACUGUCUUAACAUUUAAUUCACUGCUCUUCAGAAUACACUCCAGACCCAAAGUGUGCUAGUCACUUGACAGUGACCACUACAGAGUGCUAAGAAGAAAAGAUCAAGGGCAUGAAAAUGGGGGAGAGAGUGUAAUUUCUGUUUCUUAAAUGAGUUGAUGUAACCUUAUAUAAAUACUAUAUAUAUAUACAUAUAUAUAUAUGAACAUACACAACAAAAGUAACAAAAAAUCAAAAAAUGAAAAAAAAAUCAAACCCUAUAUUUGAUCACUUCCUGGAAAGGCAUGAAUGUGUUUGUGGCUGUUUUUGUUUGAUAUUCUACUUCCUCUUUUCCCUCUAUAAUUUUAGUGCAAAUGAGAUUAUGUGCAAAUGCCAGGCAAGUUAACUCAGAAGGGUAAAUCAACACAAGUCAAAAUGAAAUUUACACUGAAGGCUUCCAAACCAAAGGGAAGGACAGGAUGUGUCAUCAAAUAUGUUUUGUCACUUUGUAUUAUACAAAAUAUUGUUUUUAUAAAGAGUCAGAACAAAUAUGUGAAACUUAUUAUGGGGUCCCCUUGUACUUAGGUGUUAAUUCACUGUAUUUAAUUUUCACUGCUACAUUCAGAAUCAAGUGUUUGGUUUCAAUCUGUGAACAUAAACAACACUUGUUAACAAUAGAGUGUUUAUAUGAGAACUCAGGAGGUCAAACAUGAAUACCAACAGAAAUCAUUAUUUUCAAAAUAAACAUUUACACAGAUAGUUUUUACAUUAGAUGAUAAAGUGUUCAAAAUGUUUAAUUUUUCUGUAUAAAGAGUUAGUUCAUUUUAACUGUGUAAUUCUAUCUUUCAGAAACAGAAAGCUGAUGCUCCCAGGAAAUUUAUUUCUUACCAUUAGGAUUAUGUUUAAAAUCCAUGACAUAAGCAGUUAGUAUAUAUUCAUUAAAGUUGAUGCAAAAGCAAUCAUGAACUCACAGAGGGAACAGUUAUUAAAGGAAAAUAUUACCUAAGUAGCUUUUAGUUAAAAAAAAAUCAAUGUGAUAAAAACACUGAUAAUAGAACUUAUACAUUACUUUAGUGAUCCAUUAUAGGAAUUCCCAUUCCAGUCACUGUCUGUGGGCUCGUGUAGUGACUAUUGUAUGUUUGGUUUAUUCCUACCACCAUAUAAUAAGCAAACAAUUCUUCAAUUUUAGUCACAAUUCUAAGGUGUGAGUUGGCCAUGAAAAAAAAUGUGUAGACUUCAAUAGAGUUCACUGGGGAGGGUACAACUGAGUUGCAAAUGUAUGCGAGACGCAGAUAAGAAUUUUGUAACAGUGCAAAGGUCUGAGUAUUUGUGUGACAAGGUAAAGGAGCCUUGGGAUGCACAUUCAUUUUUAUUUGCUUAAAAAUGUCAAUUUCCCCAACAACUCACUUAGGUCCUUUUCUACAAUCUGUUCUUUACUCCUGUGCUCUCCUUGGACCUGUGUCACUUUUUCACAAACCAGAACUGACGUUGCAAGGUCACAUAAACUUUAAGGUCAGCUUGCACAAUUGGUUAUUUUCAGAAUCUAAGACGGACCGCCACUGAUUACUUUGUAUGAAUGGACAUUUGUUAGGGACUGAUGGCAAUGAACCUCAUUGGACCGGAUUUCAGACUCCCCAGUGCUCAGAAAACUGUAGACAUGAAGAUAGCCUGGUUUCUUUUUUUUCUUUUUCUUUUUCUUUUUUCUCUUUUAAGUGCACGAUGGAAGUGUGGAAUAAAUGUAGAGGAAAUUAUCAGAACACAGUUAUAUUUUAGGCAGUCUUAGGUGUUUAUUUAGCUGCAUUUGGAGUACAUUUUUGUUCUAUUUUUUUAGUGUAGAUUUAAGCACUUUGAAUAGCAUGAUUCAGGGAUUGAUGGGUAAUAUUUGAUAUUCUCACAACUUAAGAAACCUUUUUUUCCUCUAAUGCUUUGUCAUAUUUUUGAAAGUGAAAUAAAUGGAGAUUAAGCUAUCUAUGGCUUUAGAAACAUCCCUCCCAAGUAUUCCUCUGUUAGCUCCAUGUGAGGAUAAAUGAAGGAAAUUGUCAUGUGUUCACGUGCUCUAUGUUUAACAAAAGUUAUGUUAGAACUCACAAUAAAAAGAAAAAUAUAUAUUUCCCUAGUGCUUAGGCUUCAUCCUUCUCUUUUUUUUUUUUUGGUGGGGGCUUUGGGGAGUAAAAAUUUUCUUGUAAAAACCAUUGAAAAUGUGAAUGUUAGACAAGCUGAGGUAAAGAAUGGAUUUCUGGACAUGAACACUUGUGAAGUUUGAUAUUGCCUAUUUUCACCAAUUGCUGCUUGGCUCCAAGUGAUACUUCAUGCAUUUAAAAAUCUAGCUGUUUCUUUAAUGUAAUCAAUACUUGCUGCCUUGAGUUUCCUAGCCUUUAUACUGGUGCUCAAAUUUUUAACUACUUAAUUUGUAAUUCAUUCAUUAGAUCUCCUAUAAGCAGAAAAGAAGCUUGUAUCUUGUGCAGGUAGAUGAUUUAUGUUUAGAUCAAUUCCAUAAAAUAAAUUCAGAAUGAAAUGAAUUAAGAGACCUGAACGUACUAUCCUUCCAUAACUAAAUAUCUUAUUGGUCAAGCAGUCAACAAUUAUAUGUUUAUUGCUUUAUUCUUAGUAUUUGUAUUUGAACCCUAUCAACAUAAUCCUAAGUAUGUAGGUAUUACUUUUCUCCUUAUUUCACUGUUAUUUAGCAUUUUGUAACAUUAGAGAAUAUUCACUGAGAGCCAACCACUAAACUCCAAGUAAGUUUUGUUUAUCCCAGAAGAGUCAUUAACUUUGACAGACACCACAGCUCAACACUUCUCGGAAAACAUUAAUUUACACAACUGUAAAUUAUUUUCUGAUUCUAAAAUUAUUGUUUUCCUUUUCUAACAAGUAUUAUUUUUUCCUGUGCUUAAUUUCCUUGAUUUUAAAUUUAGUUUAUUUAUAUGAGUCCCAGAAGAAAGUUCAUUGAAAUUAAAAGGGGACCACAGGUAUUAUACAUGUGAAAUGAUUGCAUCUCCUUUUAAAAUGAUUGAGGUUCCCUAAGAAUUGAUGUUCCUGAAAAUAUCGGAGGACAGAAAAGAAAAAUCCCUGAUUGUCUCUGAUCUGACUUGCUUGAUCGUUAUUCCCAUUAUUUUCAUAGUUGAUUUUAUAAGAGAUAAAAUGUUAAACAACUUAGAAAUCCCACCUAUGGAUACACAUUUUCUACUCUGAAGAAAUGCUUAACAUCUUAUAUUGUUACUACAAAGAUAUAGCUAAUGAACUGAGUUCUCUAACAGAGGGCGAAGAAGAAGCUUGUUAUGGGAGCCAAGCUAUUCCUUGCCUUAUAUUGAACACUGCCCAUUUUUUUAUUCUCAGUAAAGAAAAUAAGCAAUAGUCAUUUGUAAUAACCUGAACAAUAGAUCUUAACAUUAGGUUCAAGGAGACCUUGAAUGUAAAAAUGGUUAAAGGAAGCCCUAGAAAAUCCAGACAAGAUUUGGAAUAUCUUGCAACAUUUUUUUUUCUGGGCGUGAGUCUCCAACAGACGCCACCUAAAAAGCUACUAAUAUUUGUAUUUAGAGCAUAGUUUUAUGAAACUGACAUUCAAAUGAACUACACAUUUUGUAACACUGUUAAGUCUUCUUCUUUUUUUUU